AUUAUGUACUAAGGUGUAGAAUAGUAGAAUCAAUUUUACGUAGUAGAAUUGAUAGUUCUACAUCAAAUUGAUAUAGCACAUGGAUACACUUUCAAAUUACCUUUACGUCUUUUGUAAUGUAGCCUUAUUAUGGUAAGAUCAUUUGACCACGCGCGACGUGAGAUCGUAACUUGAAUCCAUUCCAUGUCAUUCUAUACGCGUGUAAACGCCCAGGUGACGCGACAUCACUUUAAAAGUACAUGGACCACUAAGAAAAAAUACUCAUACGAGCGUACAAGGUGAUUUUGUAUUCCCCUGCUAAACGGUUAGUCGCUUUAGAAUAACAUCGACUGAAGAACACUUUAACAAAUAACUGCCCGUAGAAAUGGGCGACCCACUGCCAAAUCAGUCUCAAACACGAGCUCAUAAGAAGAAUAUUGGAGCCGUGCAAGCGCUGGGGAAGUCGGUUGAACAAAUGAGGAAAGAUAAGAAGAAGAGUUUGCAGACUAUCGACCAAGAAGUGCUUGAUGCUCACAAGUUUCUAGAGCAAGUUAAAACGCACACCGGGUACAGCGUUUCUUUCCAGGACGUGUUUCCAGCAUACGAAAAACAAGGAGUUAAAAAUAAUCUGGAUAUUGGUGCAGAGAAAUAUCGACCAACGAAAAGUUCGCUAAUGAGAUCCGAAGUCAAACUCCGCAAAGCGAUCUCGGAAGCCAAUUUCCGGAUGAGAAGUGCUGAGUUCUUCAGAAAAUGGGAUGAUGUUUUCCAGAUCGACCUUGCACUUGAUGAUUGGUUUGCUAAGCAGCAGCUGGAAGAGGAAAACGAUGUUUCAGAUGACGAUGGAGGACUCUGGGUGAUCCCCGUUGGGAGCCCCGCAAAGAUGUGAUCGACUAACAAAUUCGAUGACAUACUUCACAAACUAUGGGAAGAUUCGUUUAACACCUCUGUAACGUAAAACCCUUUCGAAACACAAACAUGGCAACCGACAUCAUAAACGAUUAUAUUUUAUCCCAGAUGAGAAGAAUUGAGAAAGAUAAGCGCGCUGCAUUGUAUUGUAUUCGAUAUCCAUUUUAGUAUAGCAGACACAAAUAAUAUGCUCAUGUAAUACAGACCUCAUUUUAACUUCCGUGUGAUUGAUUUCAGAAUUGAAAUGUUCAGAGCCGCGUUGAUUAUUACGGUAUAAAAUUUGGCCGCUGAUAAUUUUUGUCAAAACUUGAAAUUUGUCUGAGACCGAAUUCCCGAAACUUAAAUUUCCGAAACAAGUAAAUAAAUAAAUUUUUAUCUUCACAAAA